AUGGCUCCCGAGCUAAGCACCUUCGAAGCUCGAAGGAGAGCAAAUGUGGUUAACAAUGCCAAGUUGCUAAAAGAAUCGGCCGAGGUCGCAGCAAAGAUGCGCAAGGCCGCAGCUCCGCCGCCGAGAGCAACUACAUCCAAGAAGAGAAGAGCUGUCGAACCAGCCCCUCGUACCCGUAUUAUGCCUACUCGUCAGAGCGCAAGACUCGCCGGAGCUGGUGCCGAACCAAGUCUCAAACUUGAAGAUGUACCUGCUGAGUUGAAGCCGCCCGAACCCAAACGUAUUCGCACAAGUGGUGAUUUGCAACUGUCAAAUCUUCAAGUCGAAGGCCAGAGAUGGUCAAGUACCAAUGCUCUCGCUUCGUUCGUUCAAGGCGCUCAACCAGGUGUUCGAACAUUCACCGAGGAUGAUAUCAAAGAUACCUCGGACAGCAAGCUGAAGGACCUCAGAAAGGAGAUGGGCGAUCUUACGCUCUACGAUGGCUGGGUCCCGAACGAUAUCAAAAUUACCCCUGAUCGUGUAUAUUCUCUCACGUUUCACCCCAUACAAGAUAAACCGAUUAUCCUCGCAGGUGAUAAGAAGGGCACGUUAGGCUUUUUCGACGCAUCGCAGGAAAAGCCCACCUAUCCCGAUGAGGAUGACGAAGAUGUCGAUAUUCCUCUACCUCAAGUAGGUGCCUUCGAAGUACAUAGCAGGACUAUCACUUCCAUAAAAGUGCCCAUAUUCGAUCCAAAUUCAGUCAUCACUAGCUCUUACGACUCGUCAAUACGUUGCCUAGAUUUACAGUCGCAAGUUAGCACCCAGCUAUGGCAACCCGAUGACGACGAUAUCGAUAUGGGUAUCUCGUGUAUUGACCUAUCGCCCGAAGCUAAAGACAUCAUCCUCUUCUCAACUCUGGAAGGUACUUUUGGAAGAGUUGAUAGGCGUGCGAAGACCAAAGCAGAAAUCUGGAGCCUAUCUGAUAAUAAGAUCGGCGGCUUUUCCCUAAACCCUCUCCUACCUUACCUUGUAGCGACAGCAUCGCUUGAUAGGACAUUAAAGAUAUGGGACUUGAGAAUGAUCAAGGGCAAAGGGGAUCUUCGUCGUCCCUCAUUACUAGGCGAACACCAAUCUCGAUUAUCUGUAUCGCAUGCUUCAUGGAGUCGAAGUGGCUACUUAGCAACAUCAUCAUACGACGACACGGUUAAAGUCUACGAUAUGACAGACGCGAUGAAAUGGAAGUCUGACCAAGACCUGUCCGCCAAGCAGAUGAAGCCGGCACACGUAAUUCCGCAUAAUAAUCAGACAGGCCGCUGGGUAACUAUUCUCAAGCCGCAAUGGCAGAUCAACCCGGCGGACGGUGUAGAGAAGUUCGCCAUCGCCAAUAUGAACCGGUUCGUUGAUAUUUACGACAGCAAGGGAAAGCAGCUCGGUCAGCUGGACGGCGAAGGAAUUACCGCAGUGCCUGCAGUCGCAGAGUUUCAUCCUACAUUGAAUUGGCUGGCUGGCGGGACUUCCAGUGGAAAGUUAUGUCUCUGGAUGUAA